GCAACAUCAUACUAUUACUACUUGAAAUUCAUAUUAGACAAUAAAGUAUAUUUCUUCUUUUAUCGAAUGGUUUAACAAGGGUUUACUUUAAUUUUUGAACCCGAGACACAUGAGUGUGUGUCUCUUUUAAAUUUUUUCCAUUUUUUUGCAAGUCCGUAAUAUAAAUUCUCCAGGUUUUUUAAAUCUUUUUGGGCUGUUUUUUUAGUUAUUCCCUUCUUUCUAUUACAUAUACUUUUUUUUAUAUAUAUAAAACCAUCAUGGAUACAGAGAAUAGUGUAGCACUUGCAAGACUGCGUAACAAACCUGAACAACCUCGUAUUGACUUUACUAUAUAUGAACAAGAAGAUGGCACCAAAGUAAGCACGAGAGAUCGUGUCAUCAAGGAUGUUCCUGCACCUGCUACGUCUUUACCUACGGACGAUGAAUUUUGGAGCAAAGAGCGACCUGGGUUACCGGAUAUCAAAUUUUUAAAGGACCAUUUUUAUAGAGAGGGAAGAUUAACAGAGGAACAGGCAAUAUAUAUUCUCGAAAAGGGAACAGAGAUUUUCAAGACAGAGCCUAAUCUUUUGGAAGUGGGUGCACCCAUCACCGUGUGUGGUGAUAUUCACGGUCAGUACUAUGAUUUGAUGAAAUUAUUCGAAGUCGGUGGUGAUCCUGCCAACACUACCUAUCUUUUCCUCGGUGACUAUGUUGACAGAGGCUAUUUUUCCAUUGAGUGUGUAUUGUAUUUAUGGUCACUGAAAAUGUGGUAUCCCAAUAGUUUCUUUUUACUUCGAGGUAAUCAUGAGUGCAGGCACUUGACUGAUUACUUUACAUUCAAGAUUGAGUGUCGUCAUAAAUAUACCGAAAGUGUAUAUGAGGCCUGUAUGACCUCAUUCUGUUCUUUACCCUUGGCUGCCGUCAUGAACAGACAAUUCUUGUGUAUUCAUGGUGGUCUCUCUCCCGAACUCGUCACACUGGAUGACUUGAAAAAGAUUGAUCGUUUCCGUGAGCCACCUACGCACGGUUUGAUGUGUGAUUUGCUUUGGUCUGAUCCACUCGAAGAGUUUGGACAGGAAAAGAAUAACGAUACAUUUAUUCACAAUCAUGUUCGAGGAUGUUCCUACUUUUUCAGUUAUCACGCAGCCUGUCAAUUCUUGGAACGUAAUAAUUUAUUGUCCAUCAUUCGUGCGCAUGAAGCACAAGAUGCGGGUUAUCGUAUGUAUCGUAAGAGCAAGACUACCUCGUUCCCUUCAGUCAUGACCAUCUUUUCUGCUCCCAAUUAUCUCGAUCUCUAUAACAACAAAGCCGCUGUGCUGAAAUACGAGAAUAACGUGAUGAAUAUUCGUCAGUUCAAUUGCACACCUCAUCCUUACUGGUUGCCUAAUUUCAUGGAUGUCUUUUCCUGGAGUUUGCCAUUUGUUGGCGAGAAGACUAUGGAUAUGUUGAUUGCCGUUUUGAACGUGUGCAGCAAAGAAGAAUUAGCAGAAGACGAUAAAAAGUUGUUGGAGGAUAAGUCGGGUGCAUCUGCGGAUGAGGUUGAACAGCGCAAGAUUGUGAUCCGUAAUAAAAUCAUGGCUGUGGGCAAAAUCUCUCGCGUCUUUUCCGUAUUACGUGAGAAUUCGGAACGUGUCACGGAGCUCAAGUCAUUGUCUCCCACAGGUAAGUUACCUUUGGGCACAUUGGCCUUGGGUGUCGAAGGCUUGAAAUCAGCCAUUACGACGUUUGAAGAUGCUAAACGCUCCGAUUUGGAGAAUGAACGUUUACCUCCUACACGUCAGGUCAAGGAACAACUUUUAAAAGAAGAAACUGAUAGCAAGAUUCGAUCUGCUGUGGAAGAAGAAGAUGAAGACAUGGAAGAAAUGGUGGAAGCCAUGCUUGACUAAAAAAAAAAAAACAAAUUAAAAAAAAAAAUCCCUCCGAAUACCAAGCUUUUUUUUUUCGUUGUUGUUAGUAACACCAAAAACGUUUAAAAGGGAAAACAAUAAACAUUACCUCACUUUUUGGGAUUUCAAUAUAAA